UUUCUGAUUUCUAUCUGAUUCAUGAAUUUGUUUCAUCUCCCAAGAUCAUAGGAGCUGAAACUGAACUCCCAAAAGAUUCUCUUAACAGUCUCUAAAUUUUUCAUUAGAGAAAACCAAAAAACCCAUGUGUUCCUAGCAAACACCUCAAUCACCGCCAUGGACGUCGAUUCACCACACUCAUUCGCCCAAGACCCGAAUAUCACCGGAAAUGAGGUGGCGCCGGGAGUCAAGGCGAGCAUCGCCGAGAGAAGGGCAGCGAAGUGCGGGUUUAACGCGCCGAGGAUUAACACGGCUAGGUUUCGGACCGCGACGGCUAGUCCUCUGGCUUCUCCUGCGGCGAUUCGAUCGCCUUAUCUCACUAUACCGCCUGGGAUCAGCCCUGCCGCUCUGCUUGACUCGCCGAUCAUGCUGCCCAAUUCGCAGUUGUCGCCUACUACUGGAACUUUUCAAUUGGCAUUUGCCAACCAUGAGAGUUCAAUGCCGAAUGCUAUGACUGCAGUGGAUGGAGACAGGAACAAUAAUGUUCACAUGUCAGGGUUCUCUGGAUUAGAAAAUCAGACAGUUACUGUUGACAAUGAAGCUACUGUCCCUGCAAAACCAUGUAUGGACUUUGAAUUUCAAGUGGAUUUUCCUGGUGGAAGUACCACAAAAGGUUGUGCCUGGGAUCCUGCUACCUCUCUAAAAGUAAAUGUUGAUUGUAGUGACUUGGAAAUGUGUCAAUCUGAUGUGGCAAGAGAACCCGUUCACCAAGACACUGUCAAGACGCAUCACACCUUAGGAGGAGGGCAGAAAGAAACAUAUUCUGCAACAGGAAUGGUAAGGACUUCAGAAGAUGGAUACAAUUGGAGAAAGUAUGGGCAGAAACAGGUGAAAGGUAGUGAAUAUCCAAGGAGCUAUUAUAAAUGUACUCAUCCAAAUUGUCAGGUGAAGAAAAAGAUUGAACGUUCUCACGAUGGUCAAAUAACAAAAAUCAUCUAUAAGGGGGCACAUGAUCACCCUAAACCUCAGCCAAAUCGCCGAGCAUCACUUGGAUCUACUUCUACAUUUGAGGAGAUGCCAGGAAUGGUUGAAGGCGAUGGAACAUCUGUUAAAGUUGAAGGAGGUCCAGUUUGGAGAAACGUGCAGUCUAGGUCUAAUGAUGUUAGACCUGCUUCUGAUUGGAGGGCUGAUGGUAAUGAAAGGACAUCUUCAGCGUCUGUCGUAACUGAGCUUUCAGAUCUGUUUUCAACCUCUCAAGGUAAAUCUGCUAGUACGUUUCAAUCAGCAGGAACUCCAGAGCUUUCAUCUACCCUUGCCAGUCAUGAUGAUGUUGACGAUGAUGGGGCCACUCAGGGAAGCAUGUCACUUGGAGUUGAUGCUGAUGAUGAAGAGUCCAACUCAAAAAGAAGGAAGACAGAGAACUUUAUGGUUGAAACAAAUUUGGCAUCCAGGGGUCUUCGAGAACCAAGAGUUGUAGUCCAAAUAGAGAGUGAAAUAGACAUACUUGACGAUGGAUACCGUUGGAGGAAGUAUGGGCAGAAAGUUGUCAAAGGAAAUCCAAAUCCUAGGAGCUACUACAAAUGCACAAGUCCUGGAUGUUCAGUGAGGAAGCAUGUGGAGAGAGCCUCCCAUGAUCUGAAAUUUGUCUUGACAACAUACGAGGGGAAACACAACCAUGAAGUGCCUGUAGCCAGAAAUAGCAGUCAUGUGAAUACAACAGGGGGCAAUUUACCUCCAGUGGCUGCUAGUUCCCAACCAGCAUUGACAUUAUCCAGAAAUAACAAUGCCUCCAAGCGCGAAAUGGAUGUUCAAAAUUUUACCCCUCAGUUUCACAGAAAUCCUCAAUUCAGCAAUGAUUAUCCGGGAAACUUCAGCAAUGAAAUGAAGUUUGGGGCAUCCUCCAUUUGCCCCAUCAAAUUCUCUUCCUUGCAGAAUAUGGUUCCUUUUGAUUCCCUUGGACUCAAUACUAACCCUGAUGUCAUGCAUCAAGCUGGUCCUGUUCCAGAUUUUCAAACUUCAUUACCGCUAAAUCUUCCUGCAUCUGCGAAUCUUUCUUUGGCUGGUUUUGGUUUUAAGAACAGCGGGAAUCUGAUUGAUCCAGUUCAGUCCUUUCUCUCACAGCAGCAGUUGAUGGAGAGCAAUGUGAGGUUUGUGAGGCCUAAACAAGAGCAAAAGGACAAUAAUUUGUAGAAUGGAAGCAUGCCAAUCAGUCAUCGGGCAAAUGCAUCAUCAUCGUGGUCUACGUCCUAUGACCAGUCAUGAGAAAUUUAUAGCAACUUUCUCCCUCUAAACCAGGGGAAGUAGUUGGAAUCUUCUUGUUUUGGGUUCGAAGGCGUUUUUAUAUUGUUCCCCAGUUUUUCGUUAGAUUCUCGGCACAGUUGCUAUGGUUGUUUUUUUUUAUUUCUUUUCUUUUUCUAUGCCUAUAUUUACAGCAUCUGAUAUAAAGGGAAAAAAAUUAUAUAAUUACAUAGUUUCGUGUAUUUAAAGUCUUAUAGGUUCUUUCUUAUGAACAGGGAUUUACUUGGA